GCGCUCAGAGUGUCGCUGCGGAUUCCGCGAUCAGACCGGGAGAGAAACUGCAGCUGGAGCGACGGAGCACCGAGUCACGGCCGCAUGCCUCAGGCCUGACCCGAUCUCUGACCUCUGACCUCUGCCCCUCAUCAAGCGGCACUCCAAAGAGACAUUGGGUCACGGGGGGGCGACCACAGGCGCAGAACCGAAAGAAGUGAAGAUGAAGCUCGGCACCAAGCUGUUAGACGUCUGAGCAGGGGUUCCUCGCUGAGCAAACUAUUUAUCUGGAGGAGGAGAGAGAGAAAGAGAGGAAAGAAAAAUCAAGAGAGAGAGAGUGUGUGCUUGAGGAAGGAAAGCACAUCUGUUAAACAGAUCAAGACAGAAGUCUCAGCAGGACCUCUGUGUUUUCCGCUGGGGAGAAAUGAUCUGGAGCGCAGUUUGUUGGCCUGUCAUUAGGCCACAGGGCCUCACGCUGAGGAAUGGAUAGCCUCGCCGCUAAUGCUACAAUUGCUGCCUUCAGGAUGGGACACAGCUAAUGGAAAUCAUUUGUUCUUUGGCCUGAACGUCAGCAAAAGCAGCAGUAUUUGAUGUAACCCUUUUAUUACUGUAAGUCUCCGCAAAACUAUUGUUGUUCAUCACUGUGCUCGAUUGGGACCGAUUCCUUUCUUUGUUAAUUUAUUGAUGUGUACAGAAGAUGGCAGCGACAUAUCGCAUUGUGGUCAGCAGUAUAAAUUAUUAUAACAGUGUUGUAGUUGACCGACGCGUUCAGCAGACAGUGCAUUACUGUAACGGACCAUGUGGAGCAAUAAAACAUGGGCUUAGCUGCACUGUGGCUCAUCGUAGCACCUGUGCUGAGCUCCUGGAUUCCUCCCAAACCUACACCGAUCGGCCACUCAGCUACCACGAAUCCGUGUCUAAAAUGCUUGAAAAUGGCGGAUGCGGUCAUGUUGGAUUUGGAGAGGACUUUCAUUAUCAGGUCACUCCACGACUGAAGAAAGGAUCUGCCAUUCAGAGCUCGACGAGCCUGAAAGACAUCACUGGUGAGGCGAUUAACUUGGCCAGCGGAAAGAUGAAAGAGUUCUCCUUCGAGAAGCUGAAGUACUCCUCUAGUCAUGUGACCUUCAGGAAAGGGAGAAAAGUGAGGCCUGACUCGUUUAGCCGGAGGUCUGCUGACCUUGAUGUCAUCUACGGACACUUUGGCAACGAUGAGAACUGUCCUCCACAGAAAUCAGCACCGGAUGAGCAGAAGCUGAACCGAAGCAUCUCACUGGAGCAGAACCUGAACAAUGCAGCCUCUUUUUAUCUUAACAACUUCACAGAAGAGAACCUCAUUGCCCGGAUUCUGGAGAAGACCAAAGCAGACAGCAAUGCUUCUGGGGAAGACAUCAAAGCUUGCUUGGACAUCCUGCUGAAGUGCUCAGAGGAUCUGAAGAAGUGCACAGACAUUAUAAAGCAGUGCAUAAAGAGGAAGUCCAUGACUGGAGAUGGAGAUGAUUCUGGAAAUCCGGAUGCUAUUUACAAAACCAUGAUGGCACGACUUUCUAGCUAUUUAAAGAAGCUGCCUUUUGAUCUUGACCUUGGGCAUACAGGAAGAUCCGAGUACAGCGAUCUAUCCGAACUGGUCAACACUCUCCAUGGACUUCAGCAAAGGCCAUUUUCUCCUUUUGGAAAUGAUCAGCCUCCUCGAUAUGAGGAUGUGGUCCAGUCCCCUCCAUCAACAAAAGUUCAGGCAAAAACUUCAUCUUGCCCAUCUCCAGAGUCUCUUGAUGGCACCAGGGAUCUCCCAGGAGGUUUAACAUCUGCUCAAGGUCUCACUGUAUCGCUCCCUGCUCAUUCAUCUUCUAAUGGAUUGCAGUAUUCCAACAUUUCCUCUUCUUCCAUCAGUACCAAACCAUCCACCCUUCAUUAUCCCAACUCCACUGGUCGAUAUGAUGCCUCCUCCUCCUCGUCCACCAACAGCAUCUCCAAAGACGCCUCAAUGGAGACCCUGUACAUCGAGGAGGACGUGGACAUCGGUCGGGCACUAGACAGGAGGCAGGGAACUAGUUCUUCAGACUCCGCGCAACUUUCAAGGAGACUUGAGAUGAUGUCAGUUCCCAGUGCUGGCACCACUGACCAACUUCCUGAUCUCAGUCGAAAUGGAAUUGUCUUUACACCCAAAAAUGAACCAGGAAGUAACCAGGCUUAUACGCCAUCCCAUAUCACACUUUCAAAUCCAGCUCCCCAUAUCACCAGGGAAGGUGUAGAUGAGAUUGAUAAACUGCUAAUGGACUUGGAGUGUCUCUCUCAGAACAUUCAGAAGGAACCUCCACUACCACCAAAGCAGAGACAGAUAAAUGCAUACCAAAAAAAUCUGCACCAGAUUGGCCCCUCGGGAACUAAUGGUCCACUUUGUCCAAAUCCUCCUGCCACUCUGUCCACCAAACCGAUAAAUCGUGACACAGAAGGAGCUGGAGAAGAAGAUGAUGGUGCUCUCUUGAUACGUAUUUUGGAGAGCAUUGAGAGCUUUGCUCAGGAGCUUGUGGAUUGUGGAGCUGGAACAGGAACUCAAUCAAAAGAGCGUGAGGUCAUGCGUCUCCUUCAAGACACACUGGCUAAGACUGAAAUGAGUUCCACUCCUGUGCCUACACCUGCACCAGAAACCACACCAGGACCUUCACCCGUAGCUACAUCUGUACCUGUAUCUGUACCUUUAGCAACUCCUGCUAAAGCCUUGGGUUCGUUUAUCACCGGGAGAGACACGGGGUCUACCAUCCUAAUCCAACAGACACCAGAAGUCAUCAGGAUUCAGCCGGAGAAGAAACCCGUCUCUCCUCCUCCUCCUCCCAUCCCUCGUUCCCCCACUCCUCCCCCACCUGCACCACCUCCUCCCUCCGUUAACAUUCCACGUUUUUAUUUUCCCACGGGUCUCCCAAACCUCAGUGUUAAUUGCGACGAGGCCAUAGCGAAAAUCGAGGCGGCCUUCGCCAAGCUGCAGGAGGAAAAGGCCGACAUCUACGAGAUGGGCAAGAUCGCCAAGGCAUGCGGGUGUCCGCUGUACUGGAAGGCCACGAUGUUUAACUGUGCAGGAGGAGAGAGGACUGGCUUCGUCUCUGUCCAUUCAUUUAUCGCCACGUGGCGAAAGUUGUUACACAGCUGCUAUGAUGAUGCAUCCAAGUUUGUUUACUUGCUGGCCAAGCCGGGCUGCACGUACCUGGAACAAGAAGACUUCAUCCCCCUCUUACAGGACAUCGUGGACACUCAUCCUGGUCUGACGUUUUUAAAGGACGCUCCUGAAUUCCAUUCCCGCUACAUCACCACCGUGAUCCAGAGGAUAUUUUACACAGUGAAUCGCUCAUGGACGGGCAGGAUCACCAUGACUGAGCUCAGGAGAAGCAACUUCCUGCAGACUCUGGCCCUGUUGGAGGAGGAGGACGACAUUAAUCAGAUCACAGAUUAUUUCUCUUAUGAACACUUCUAUGUCAUUUAUUGUAAGUUCUGGGAGUUGGACACCGACCACGACCUCUUCAUCGACCCCAAAGAUCUCUCCCGCUACAAUGACCACGCCUCAUCCAGCAGGAUCAUCGAGAGGCUUUUCUCAGGAGCUGUCACUCGGGGAAACUCUGUGCAGAGAGAAGGACGUAUGAGUUAUGCUGAGUUUGUGUGGUUCCUCAUCUCAGAGGAGGACAAGAAGAACCCAACAAGUAUAGAGUACUGGUUCCGCUGUAUGGAUAUGGACGGCGAUGGAGUUCUCUCCAUGUAUGAGCUGGAGUAUUUCUAUGAGGAACAGUGUGAGCGGAUGGAGGGCAUGGGAAUCGAACCUCUGCCAUUUCAAGAUCUGCUGUGCCAGAUGCUUGAUCUCGUCAAACCAGAGAGCCAAGGUAAGAUCACUCUGCGUGAUCUGAAGCGCUGCAGGAUGGCUCACAUCUUUUUCGACACGUUCUUUAACCUGGAUAAAUACCUGGACCACGAGCAGAGAGACCCGUUCUCCGUGCAGAAGGAUGUGGAGAGUGAGGGUCCGGAGCCCUCAGACUGGGAUAAGUACGCAUCAGAGGAGUACGAGAUCCUGGUAGCGGAGGAGACGGUCAGUGAGCAGCUGCACGAUGGGUCUUUUGACGAUGAUUACGAGUGUGAGGAGCUUCCUGUUACGUCUGAGAUCGGAAACAAAAUGGACAAACUGGUGAUCUCUGAUCUGUCUCCAUGAUCUACUUGAAGCUUGCUCACAGAAGAAAUACACACUUUUCAACAGUGCGGAGACGGACUGUGUGUGUCAGUGUGUGUGACUGUGUGUGUGUGUGAGAGAGAGAGAGAUCGUAAACUCCCACCAAGGCUUCAUGUUCAGUAUGUCUUAACCUUUAUCACAAACAAACUCUACUCCUCGCGAUCUGAAUAAAACAGCCGGCUGGUUCCAUCCCUCACUUCAUUUAAAAAUAAUAAUAAUAAUAAUAAUAAUAAAGAUAAAAAUAAUAAAUAGACAUAAGGCGGAUGCUUUUCAGACACUUUAUUAGGGUUCUGGCUUGAAGGGAACGUUGUGGUUGUCAAAAUCUCACACAUUAUACCUUUACACUUGCUAAAUAACCGUAAACCAAAAGCCAUUUCUGUCCACUUUAGCUCUGUUACGUAAAUUUAACUUAGCAACACACAUUUCUACACAUGUUCACUUUAAUAUUGCAAAUUAGUGCCUUGUACAAAAGUCGGACACACCAAUGCAGGGAGUUACACCUGUAAUACCAAACAGCUCGGAAAUAUACUGUACACACCAGGGAUAUGCUAUGAUGCUAACGAAAGACGCGGCAACAGUGGAAAUGCGACAGAAUUAUCCAGAAGGUUAACAUUUUUCCCAGAGGUGAUGGUGUGUCAUUACAAAAAGGCUCGUACGACCAGUUUUUUAUUUUGUUUAUGUUGCGUCCCAACUAGCAAUGCUAGGUGAGGAAUAUGAACACGGUUCACUCGACAUUUAAGUGAUUAAAGUCAAGCUAACACUGUUGCUGAGCAACUGAAAAAACGCUUUAAGCAUAAGCUAGCCAGGACGUGGAUGUUUAUAAUGUAGGUAAAGUGAGGAGAGAGAGAAACGUUGGAAACUAGCCAAGAAUGCUAACAUCUCUCUCAGACGUGUUGGAAGAAUUGUGAGAAAAGACAAAGAACGAAUACAAUUGGCUAUUGGCCAUGUUGAGAAACGUUAACACCGAGCUGGAAAUUUAAAUGCGAUAUACACUUAACGUUUGAGUGGUUAAAGUCAUUUGAACACUGUUGCUAAGCAAUUAGGAAAUAUAGCUAGAACAUCGCCAAUUAUAGUUAAUGAAAAAACACUAACGACAGAAAAGAGACAGAACCAUCAGGAACGUCCAUGUUUCUCUGAGAUCUGUUAAGAAAAACCUAAACUAAACUGGCUAACUAGCUAGGCAAUAUUAACAAGAUAGGAAGCAUAAACAGACACACUCUCUGUGUAGUGUGUUCACUAUUUAGAUUUAGAUCUUGUGAUUAAAUUUACAUUAAAUUUUGUAUAAUUCACAACUCGUGCCUAAUUACAGGAACUGUGAAGCAAGCCAAAAAACAUUAUCAAAGCAAUCAGAGAGUUGUGGUGAGACUUGACGCCUCAGCAUUAGCAUAAAGCUGGAACGGUUUAUUAGAAUGUGCUAUUGUGUGAGUGAAAUGCUGCACAGUAAAUAUUGCACAUAAACACUGAGUGCUGAACCAGUAAUGAUGGUGAUGUGGUGCGCUGCCACUAGUGGCCACUUCAGGUAUUGCAUGUUAAAAUGAAAAAUGUGGUGAAAACUCAAUGUUAUUUAGUAUAUUAUUUCUUCUUCCUCUUCUUUUUUGUAUCUUGAAAUCAAACAGAAAUUCAAACUUCACUAAACAUUUCCAUAGUCAGAAUUUUACAAAUGUGGGAACUAAAACAGGACAAUCCUUAAUCGUUUUGUAGAGACUUUAGUAGAGAAAGCUUUGCCACGCCGCUUAGUCUGGCUUCAAUACGGCUGCCUUUUAAUCAAGAACUCAUACAGGCACUUUUCCCCCAGUCAGCCUAACUUUGCUUACGUAUAAGCAUGUGUGUUAACCGCUAGUGUUUGAGUUAGCUAGCACUCAGUGGUUAGUGGUUGCUACUUGUAUUUAGUUGCUAACAUUUGGGUUAGCGACUAGCAUUUGAUGUGUAGUAAUGUCAGAUCUGCCCUUUACACUACAAUCUUGUCCACUUGACACUUGGUUGACACAUACCAUCAUCUUAAAUCAUUAAUGUGUGUGUUUUUGUGUGUGUGUUGGAUUAGCACUGCUGCUAACUCCAACUGUAACACACUAUCUAACUGUACACUGUUUUUAUGUAAUUAGUGUAAUAUAUAAUAUAUAUAAUUUAUAUAAGUGUUUGCGUGCAUGUGUGAGAGAGUGAGUGCGUGUUUGUGACUGUGUGUGUGUGUUCUGCAGCAGCAGUGUGUUUUCUAAGAACCGCUGUAAAUGCCUCUGUAUUUUAUUGUGUUGUAAUUUUCGGCGUUAGCCCCUGCCACUGCGUGGUGGAGGCGGAGUUUUAACGCGGAAAAACAGACAGAUCUUAAACCGCAGUGUUGCAAUGACGACCUGCGUGAUGAAUUCAGCGUUCGAUAACAAUCAGUUUCCCGGCUCUGAGCGAUUAAACCUGCUGUAGUGUUACGCUGUUACUUCACGUUAACGAUCUAUGCAAAAACUCCACCUGUGCAGCUGAUUAACUCCGGCUGUUUAACAUCGAACUGUUAGUGUGCAACUUUAUUUUAAGUUUUAUAUCUCCAUAUAUAUAGCUAUAUAUAUAAAUCUAAAUAUAUUUCCAUGUAUUUUAUUUUAUUUUUGUCUUGCAUCCAGACUUGACGAGGUUUCGCUCUGGAAAGCUUCAUGUGUUCGCAUGACUUUUUUUUUCCUCUUUCAUUUUUUUUCUUUUGAAAGUAAAUAAAAAACUUAAAAUCUG